AUGAACAGGAGAGAAAGAGAAAGAGAAGAAAAGAAAAGAAGAGAAGAGAAGAGAAGCGAUGGGUCACCAGAAAUGUAUCAUAUAGAUACUUUUCCCACUGCACAAACCGCAUAUCUCGCUUCCCUUCAGCAAACCCCUUCAUCUGCAUAUCUACUCUUCUCUCACAAUUUCGAAACGUCAGCACACACCACACCACACCACAUCACACCCCUCCACCAACCACCCACCACUCCUCAAAAUAACGAAACCACGAGUUCAAGACAGGCAGCGACGGCGGCGGCGUUUUUGGCAUCCGGAAUCUAG